UACAAGUACAGCUAGCACACCACUGCAUGCAUCGCGCUAGGGGCCGAAUAUAGCUUUACGUAUUGGAACAUAAUCCAAAUCCACUGAGUACAGCCAUUCAGCAACGAUAUGGCUUCAUCAAGAAAUGCAACCACCCGCCAGUACGACCACGACAGUUGGGGCUGGGUAAUGGUGGCCACAGCGUUCACCUGCCUUUUGGUUCUCUAUGGUAACUUGAAGGCGCUGGGUGUCCUCCUCAUUCCGAUGACCAACGACCUGGCAAGCGACCUGUGGCUGGUCGGAUGGGUUGCAGUGUUGUACGAUAUUAUGCAUAAUUGUGUGGGGCCUGUUGUCGGAGCACUAAGUCGCUUGCUGGGCAGCCGUCCCAUGAUGGUGUUUGGUGGACUUCUUACUACGCUAGGCUUCAUGUUAACGUCAAUAUCAUCCAACGUUUUCGCUGUGGCUGUUUUUAUUGUUGGAUUAUCAGGUAUAGGGACUGCAUGUAGCACGUUCAUCAGCUUAGCACUCACGGCUUCGUACUUCAAGGAAAAAUAUCCACUUGCCAAUGGACUAUCAACAAUGGGUGGUCCUAUUGGGAUGAUGGCUUACGGACCAGUUACGCAGUUGCUUCUGGGCACCUAUGGCUGGAGAGGAACCAUGCUCUUAGUGGGAGGUAUCUCGUUUCAUCUAGUGGCGUGUGCUAUGUUGGUGCGACUGGAUCCAUCUACCUCCUCACCAGACAAUGAACAGUACCAAGAGGUUUUGGUAAACGAUGAGGACGAAAACCAGUCGGCGGGAGAAGGCAGAGAUUGUACUGAUGACAACACUGAUAACUCAAAGAAGAGUUGCUGCGAUCCAGACCAUCGACAAAAUAGGACUGGAAUGUGUUGCCGAAAUAUUGUGAAAGCAAUUGAUAUGGCUUUGCUGAUAGAUGUCAGGUUUGUUUUGCUACUUUGUGCGAGAUGCACAGUUAAUUUUACUUAUAGUGCAUGGGUGGUUUACAUGGUGUCGCACGGGCAGUUUCAGGGCCUGAGUGAAAUUCAAGCUUCAUUUCUGCCCACUGCGUUCGGUGUUGGCAACGUUAUCGGAAAGUUGGUAUUGCCACUCCUGCAGCAGAUCGGCAUUAAACCGUCCAUGACAUUCUGGGCGUGUUUCGGGGCAGGCAUCGUCGGUGUAUCGUUCCUCCUUGACGCCUUCAUCAGACCUUUCAUCGGACAGUUAGCUCUUACUGGAUUCGUAGGCGUUGGUUACGGUGUGGUUUUUCAAGCCCUUGACGUCAUGGUACGGUUUCUUGUGAGUGAUGACCGGUUUGUUAGUGUCCUGGGAUGGCAAGGAAUGUUCGCUGGCAUUGCUGGGACACUCGGUGGAUUGAUAUCAGGAUGGAUUUACGAGUGGACGGGAGGUUUCAGCAUAGUUCUUUGCGUGUUUGCUGGAGUGACGUUGUUGUCUAUUCCCUUCUUCGUUACCGAAGCUCUAUACGCCAAGCGAAAGAAACUCUAACAUGGAUCAUGCUAUAAUUUUUCUCGUCCCUGUUGUAUCUGACAUGUACGAUUCGAUUUGUUAAUGCUGGAUCCACCCUUAAUGCCCUUUACCCUAAAAGUGAUUGUCAAGCUAAACCAACAGUUGAGAAUAGUUUGAGCUCAUGUUUAUAAUGAUACUGAAAUAUUAAAAAGUUCCGAGUUAUCAGGAACAAUGUAACACAUUGGACCCGAAAUUUAUAACAUGAUCAUGCGUUUGUGUGACAGUUAAGGUGCAUGCACGGAAAGCCGAUUACAGCCUAUUGCGCUCUAGCAGCAGAACGACAUCAAGGGUAGAGGGCGCAAUCGACGAGACGAAUUUGUCAUGUCGAUAGCGCCCUCUACCGCUGAUGUCGUUCGGCUGCAUAGCGCACUAUAGGCGACCUAUAUGUAAACGAACACUGUACAAAUCCAGUCUUGGACCGAGACUAAUUCCACCUUAGCUACAGUCUUCGAAUGAAUAACUAAAAUGGUUCGAUUUUAAACGUACUUCAAAACACUUGUAGAGAGGCCUUCAAUCGCAACUGUAAAAAGAGAUUGCUUUUUUCUUGUCAUAAAACCCCGAAGUCAAUUUAGCACUUUCGCCUUUGUAACUUUAAUGAAAAUCCUAGGGUUAACUUUCUCAACAGCAGUUGUCAAAGCUUCCCUAAAUCAGAGGAUAAAAAAAUCAGACAUCGAUAAACAUAAAAAUAAUUAAAAGUUUUAACCACGAUCAGUUUGUCGUAAUCAACUUAGUAAAAACAAGAAAUUUUACAUAGGAAUUAUAAUUUGCAUACAGUGUUGUAAGACGAAUUUCACGCGAACGUGCACACUACUGUAAAUGGGCAAUUCCUUGGUUUUGUAACUAAUUUUAUUUAAUUUCCAAUGAAAAAAAAAUACAUAUUCCUCACGUUUUUUAAUUUGAAGAACACAUUUAGACUUAUAAAGUGAACUUGUUUCAAAAAAAAUUAUAAUUUGAGUGACCAGUAAAUAAUCUAAGUGUGCAACAUUUUAGUACAACAUGUAGUGUAAGUUGUUCACAAGAUUCGUAUAUAUGCUAACCGUUCUACCUAUUUAACCUCCGCAUACACUUCGAGGCCUAUUGCUUGACAGCACAAAAAGGAAAAUAAUGUACCCGAUACGGAUUCCUCGUUAUUAUUCACCAUUGAUGAUCUCUGCCAGUCAACUAGACUCUUGGUAUCGAUAAGUCUAAGUGAAAUGUCUAUGUAAUAAAACGGCAGGAAAGUCUUCCAAUUGAA